AUGUCCGGGGCGGAGGAGCGUGAGGCCGGUGGGGGCUCGGCCGCCCCCUCCGCUGCCCUUCCCGGUCCUGCAGCGAUAGCAACAGGGGUUUCGGGUGAAGCGGGAGGAGCUGAAGAAGCGGGGGCUUCACUUCUCGGUGGGGCCCGGCCUCACGGUGAGGCGGGAGCCGAUCCUGACGCUCCACCGAAGAAACGGUUAAGGGCAGCGGGAACCGGCUCAGGUGGACCUGAGGGGGCGGCGGGUAGCGUGAAGCUGGAGGAGCGGCUCUACUCCGUCUUGUGCUGCACCGUCUGCCUCGACCUGCCCAAGGCCUCGGUCUACCAGUGCACCAACGGGCACCUGAUGUGUGCCGGGUGCUUCAUCCACCUGCUGGCGGACGCACGGCUGAAGGAGGAGCAGGCCACCUGCCCCAACUGCCGCUGCGAGAUCAGCAAGAGCCUCUGCUGCCGCAACCUGGCCGUGGAGAAGGCUGUCAGCGAGCUGCCCUCCGAGUGCGGCUUCUGCAUGCAGCAGUUCCCCAGGUCCCUGCUGGAGCGCCACCAGAAAGAGGAAUGUCAGGACAGGGUGACCCAGUGCAAAUACAAGCGGAUUGGGUGCCCCUGGCAAGGUCCUUACCAUGAGCUGUCAGUGCACGAAGCCGAGUGCACCCACCCCACCAAAACUGGCAAUGAGCUGAUGGAGAUCUUGGACGAGAUGGACCAAACCAGGAAAAAGGAAAUGCAGCUCUACAACAGCAUCUUCAGCCUGCUCAGCUUCGAGAAGAUUGGCUACACAGAGGCGCAGUUCCGCCCGUACCGCACUGACGACUUCAUCACGCGGCUGUACUACGAGACGCCGCGGCUGACCGUCCUCAACCAGACCUGGGUGCUGAAGGCGCGGGUCAACGACUCGGAGCGCAACCCCAACCUCUCCUGCAAGCGCACGCUCUCCUUCCAGCUCAUCCUCAAGAGCAAAGUCAACGCCCCCUUGGAAUGUUCUUUCCUCCUCUUGGAAGGACCCUACGAUGACGUCCAGAUCCGCCCCGUCAUCUACCAUUUCAUCUUCAGCAACGAGAGCAACGAGACCGACUACAUGGCGCUGCCCAUCGUCGAUUCGGUGGAGUGUAACAAACUGCUGGCGGCCAAAAACAUCAACCUCCGCCUUUUUAUAUUCCAAAUCCAAAAAUAG